CUUUAUGAGUGUAAACAGUGUGGAAAGACUUUUACAGAGAGAAGAUCUCUUGCUGCUCAUCAGAGAAUUCACACAGGAGAGAAACCUUAUGAAUGUAAACAGUGUGGAAAGGCUUUUACAUGGAAGGUCUCUCUCACUAAACAUCAGAGAAUCCACACUGGAGAGAAACCUUAUGAAUGUAAACAGUGUGGAAAGGCUUUCACACAGAGUGAUUCUUUUGCUGCACAUCAGAGAAUCCACACUGGAGAGAAACCUUAUGAAUGUAAACACUGUGGAAAGGCUUUUACAUGGAAGGUCUCUCUUGUUACACAUCAGAGAAUCCACACUGGAGAAAAACCUUAUGAAUGUAUACAGUGUGGAAAGGCUUUUAUAAGGAGGAGCCAUUUUGCUAAACAUCAGAGAAUCCACACUGGAGAGAAACCUUAUGAAUGUAAACAAUGUGGAAAGGCUUUCAUAAGGAGGAGCUAUCUUGCCAAACAUCAGAGAAUCCACACUGGAGAGAAACCUUAUGAAUGUACACAGUGUGGAAAGGCUUUCACACAGAGAAGAUCUCUUGCUGCACAUAAGACAAUCCAUACUGGAGAGAAACCUUAUGAAUGUAAACACUGUGGAAAGGCUUUUCCGUGGAAGGUUUCUCUCUCUAAACAUCAGAGAAUCCACUCUGGAGAGAAAUCUUAUGAAUGUAAACACUGUGGAAAGGUUUUCACAGAGAGGGGUUCUCUUGCUAAACAUCGGAGCAUCCAUGCUGGAGAGAAACCUUAUAAAUGUACACAGUGUGGAAAGGCUUUUACAGUGAGAAGUAAUCUCACUAAACAUCAGAGAAUCCACACAGGAGAGAAACCUUAUCAAUGUAAACACUGUGGAAAGGCUUUCACUCAGGGAAGCCAUCUCACUAAACAUCAGAGAAUCCACACUGGAGAGAAACCUUAUGAAUGUAAACACUGUGGAAAGGGUUUCACACAGAGGGACUCUCUUCCAGGCGCCCUGGUGCCCUCCCCAGGAGCCUCCGAGGGCUUCCCCUCCUUUGGGCCCAGGCGCUCCGGGGGCUGUGCCCGUGCCAUGCCAGCUUCAUUAUCCCAGGCCACUCUAGACGGUCCACCGUAUUGGGGCCACCAGCCUUAG